AUGAGGUCUUUCCUCUUUACGAGCUGCAUAGCAGCGCUUUCGAGCUUCGCGAGCGCCGAACUCAACCUGUCACAACCGCUGCUAUCCAAGCAAGUGCUACCCAGCACAUUUACACCACCGCAGGUGUUCAAGAAUGCCAACCUAGUCCGGACGACGAACCUGGACAAGGCAUACGUCAGGGAGACGAUCAAUGUCAUAAUCGAGAACAUUGACGACAAGGCGCAAUCAGAAUACUACCUGCCAUUCGACUCGAGCACAUUGUCCAAAGUUGGAGGGUUCGAAGUAAGAGACAAGAAGGCGGCUGAGAAGGGCAUCUUCAAGGUCGAGGUGGUGGGCUUUGAUGCAGAGAGCUCCGUCGAGUUCUACAAGAUCCACCUCCCCGAGCCCCUCGCACCCAAGGCGCAACAAACCAUCAGCAUCUCCUACUCGAUCGCCUCGGCUCUGAAGCCCGUCCCCGCCCAGAUCGCCCAGACGGACAAGCAGUACAUUCAAUACGACUUCAGCGCAUACGCACCCUCGGCCUACCUCACCGAGAAGCAGCGAACCAAGGUCAAGUUCCCCAACAGCGAUGUGCCAGACUACACGAGCCUUCCCUCGGAGCUCAACGACGAGCAGACCGCCGACCCCCAGAAGCAAGGCUCGACCUUCACAUACGGUCUUUACAACAACGUGCCCGCAGGCGCCCAGCAGGCCGUAAGCGUGCGCUACGAGUUCACCAAGCCCGUCACCCACGCGACACUGCUGGAGCGCGACAUCGAGGUCUCGCACUGGGGCGGCAACCUAGCAUCCGAGGAGCGCUACUGGCUCGUCAACCAAGGCGCAGGACUCAAGAACCACUUCUCGCGCGUAGAAUGGCAGCGCCAGUCCUACCUCAACCCACCCACCUUCGCCCUCAAGGGCCUCGCUCUGCCCCUCGCCCCCGGCGCCGUCGACCCCUACUUCACCGACGACAUCGGUAACGUCUCGACCUCCAAGUUCCGCCCGGGCAAGAAAGAAGCCCUUCUGGAACUGAAGCCGCGCUACCCCGUGUUCGGAACCUGGAAGUACAGCUUCCGCGUUGGCUGGAACGCAGACCUAUCCUCGUACCUGCGCAAGCUCUCCACGGGCGACACCUACGCGCUCAAAGUGCCCUUCCUCGAGGGCCCCCGCUCCGGCGAAGGCAUCUCCUACGGCCGCGUAAACCUGCGCGUCAUCCUCCCCGAAGGCGCGAAGAACGUCAAGUUCUCCACCACUGUGCCUAUCGUCAGCAACGAAACUAGCCUCCACAAGACUUUCAUGGAUACCCUCGGCCGCACCACACUCGAACUCACGGCUAUUAACCUGGUUGAUGAGUUCAGAGACCGUGACCUCGUUGUCACGUACGACUACCCCUGGACUGCUGGAUACCGGAAGCCCGUUGUUAUUACUCUGGGCAUGUUUGCCGUGUUUGCUGUUACGUGGGUCGUGGGUAGCAUUGAUACUAGCAUUGGGAAGAAGAAGACUGCGUAG